AUGAGUUCUAAUACCUCCGCAAUAGACAACAAUGCUAUCGUCCUUGUCAAAGACACUAUUACUGUUCCGUCGAAGCACAGAUAUCAUGCCUCUGAACAUGAAGUUAGAAAGAAGUUAAGAAUUUCUUCCAAUAAACAACUUAAUCGUAAAGACAUUUCGGAUAUCUGUAGCAUAGAUGAAGUCGAAUAUCACUUUGAAAACGAUCUUCGUAAAGUGAAGCCGUAUUAUUACGAAUAUCGAACUUUUACAAAAAAACGGUGGAUCGGGAGGACCAUAUUAGAUGUAUUCACUACUGAGUUCAGAGAUCGCUCGCCGCAAUAUUAUGUACAUAAGAAUGAUGACGAUAUGGUGGCACGAGCAAUAAAAAGAGGCUCGAUAACUGUCAACAAGCAGACAGUCUCAACAGACACGAUUUUAAGGAAUCAAGACCUUAUCACUCAUAAGAUCCAUAGACAUGAGCCACCCGUCACUGCAGAGGAGAUCAAGAUUAUUUGCAGGAAAGAUGAUCUUAUUGUCAUCAACAAACCAGGAAGCAUUCCGGUUCAUCCCAGUGGGAGAUAUCUCUACAAUACCGUCCUGCACAUCUUACGCAAGGAACAUCAGUUAGAUGCUUUUCAUACAAUUAAUAGACUAGAUAGACUAACCUCGGGAAUAACGCUAAUCGCAAUGAGCAAGCAGAAAGCUCGAGAAUUGGAAGAACAGAUACGCUCCCGAAACGUCCAGAAAGACGAAGAGAUUAUAUGCGACCAACCAAUCAAAUGCGUUUCUCAUAAACUAGGAUUAAAUUCGGUCAGUUCAGAUGGAAAGCCUAGCACGACUGUUUUCAACAGAAUGCAUUACAAUGGACACACUUCCGUUGUCAGAUGUAAACCGAUAACAGGCCGUACUCAUCAAAUACGUGUACAUCUCCAGUACCUUGGAUAUCCUAUUGCUAAUGAUCCAUUAUAUAAUCACCCAAGUGCAUGGGGUCCAUCUAAAGGCAAGGGAGGGUUUGAUCAGGAAACCACCGCGAAAGUAAUCGAGUAUUUUAUGCAAGAAGGGUUGGGCGACGAAGAAAAGGCCGUCGUAAUAAAACCGGAAACCGGCGAGGAGGCGAAUUUAGCAAACGGCAAAAAGCUCAUUAUAAGCGAGAACGACAAUGCUGACGAACAGGAUGAAGAUGAGGCGAGCGGUACUCCAAUAGCCGAUGAAGAAACACCCUGUUUGGACGAAGAUUACUGUGAAGAAUGUGCGAACCAAAAGUUUAAUGAUCCAUUGCCACAUCAGCUCUGUAUUUGGCUACAUGCUUUGAAAUAUGAAGGUGACGGUUGGAAGUAUGAGACUGAAUUGCCCGAAUGGGCCAAAACGGAUUUUGUGGGGGAUAGAGAUAUUAGCGUUGACGGUACCUCUAUUGCUAAUAAUCUCGUCUCAGGUCAUAUUGAGGCAAAUUGA